AAGAAUGGAGUAAAGCUGGUAUCGUCUAUGAAAGCUGGGAUUGAUUAUUUUUCGAGAUCUUGAGACAUGGCUCAGUCUGAAGAUAUGCCUAAGGAGGUGAGCGCUGAGGGGAAGGCAGAGAGCGAGUCCGCCGGGGAGAUUAAACGGGCUCGGACCAUGGCUCUGUACAACCCCAUCCCAGCCAAACACAACUGUCUCACCGUCAACAGGUCUCUCUUUAUCUUCGCUGAGAAUAAUAUCAUAAGAAAAUAUGCAAAGAGGAUUAUAGAGUGGCCUCCAUUUGAGUAUAUGAUCCUAGCCACCAUCAUAGCCAACUGCAUCGUUUUAUCCCUGGAACAGCAUCUUCCUGGUGAGGACAAGACGCCUAUGUCCAAAAGGCUGGAGAAGACCGAGCCUUAUUUCAUUGGGAUCUUCUGUUUUGAGGCUGGUAUCAAGCUGGUGGCGCUCGGUUUUGUUUUUCAUAAGGGUUCCUAUCUCAGAAACGGCUGGAAUGUAAUGGACUUCAUUGUUGUGCUAAGUGGGAUUCUGGCCACUGCUGGCUCUCAUAUGAAUAUCCCAGUGGACCUGAGGACCCUGAGAGCUGUGCGUGUGCUCAGACCCCUCAAACUAGUCUCCGGUAUCCCUAGUUUACAGAUAGUUCUGAAGUCCAUUAUUAAAGCCAUGGUGCCGCUGCUGCAGAUCGGUCUUCUGCUGUUCUUUGCCAUCCUGAUGUUCGCUAUCAUCGGUCUGGAGUUUUACAGUGGGAAAUUACACCACACUUGCCUGCCCUCUCCAGAUAUUCUCGAAAACGAGACGGUGGACUCGUCUGAGGUGGAUUUUGCGUGUGGCGUGAGGAAGUGUCCUGAGAAAUACACCUGCAGUGGCAGCUGGAUUGGGCCCAAUGAUGGCAUCACUCAGUUUGACAACAUCUUGUUUGCAGUGCUAACAGUAUUUCAGUGCAUCACUAUGGAGGGAUGGACUGCUGUCCUGUACAAUACUAAUGAUGCUUUGGGGUCGACAUGGAAUUGGAUAUAUUUCAUUCCUCUCAUCAUUAUCGGCUCAUUUUUUGUGCUCAACCUUGUUUUGGGUGUUCUUUCUGGGGAAUUUGCUAAAGAGAGAGAGAGAGUGGAAAACAGACGUGCCUUCAUGAAGCUUAGACGCCAGCAACAGGCGGAGAGAGAACUCAAUGGCUACCGCGCCUGGAUAGACAGAGCAGAGGAAGUAAUGCUUGCAGAAGAAAACAAGAAUUCUGGGAGAUCAGCGUUAGAUGUUUUGAAACGGGCCACCAGCAAGAAAAAUGCAAGGCGUCGAGGACCGGGAGAGGAGAAAUAUUCUGAAGUCUCUACAGUUGGUGGCCCCCGACCGAGGGUUGGUAUACGGACAGCAAGACGAGGGCCCGCUGCUUACUUGCGGCGCAAGGAACGCAUGUUGCGGAUAUCUAUUCGGCGAAUGGUUAAAACCGACAGCUUCUAUUGGAUAGUCCUGAGUCUGGUGGCGCUCAACACCAUCUGUGUUUCAAUCGUUCAUCACAACCAACCGGAAUGGCUUACUAUUAUUCAGUACUACGCAGAGUUCGUGUUUCUGGGACUUUUUCUUGCUGAGAUGUUUCUGAAAAUGUAUGGCCUUGGUUUCCGUCUCUACUUCCAUUCAUCCUUUAACUGCUUUGAUUGUGGGGUGAUUGUUGGCAGUAUUUUUGAAGUAGUUUGGGGAUUCUUCAGGCCUGGAGAGUCUUUUGGCAUCAGUGUCCUCAGAGCUUUACGUCUGCUACGAAUCUUUAAAAUAACGAAGUACUGGACAUCCUUACGGAACCUGGUGGUUUCCCUCAUGAGCUCCAUGAAGUCGAUCAUCAGUCUGCUCUUCCUUCUCUUCCUGUUUAUCGUAGUCUUCGCUUUACUUGGCAUGCAGUUGUUUGGUGGAAGGUUCAUCUUUGAAGAUUAUACUCCUACUAAUUUUGACACGUUUCCAGCAGCCAUCAUGACCGUCUUUCAGAUUCUUACUGGAGAGGACUGGAAUGAGGUGAUGUACAAUGGGAUUCGCUCACAAGGAGGGGUGCAGUAUGGCAUGUGGUCCUCAAUCUACUUUAUUGUUUUAACCUUGUUUGGGAACUACACAUUGCUCAAUGUAUUCUUGGCUAUUGCUGUGGAUAAUCUAGCCAAUGCACAGGAACUAACUAAGGAAGAAGAGGAGGAGCAGGAAGAGUUCUUCAAUCAGCGUUCUAAAUGCAGAGAAUUUGGCCUCUCUGAACGGAGACGGAGACCGUACUUGUACAGGAAGCGUGCCAUCCACCGAGGACGACCGUCUCCUGCAGAGGCAGAGGAGGAACCCGUUGGGAAACAAACAGAAGAGCAGCCCGUCAAUGCUUUUGCUGGCCGCCGUGAAAGAUGCAAAAAGAUAAAAAUUUCCGUCUGGGAGCAACGGACAAACCAGCUGCGGAAACGUCGGCAGAUGGCCAGUCGUGAGGUGCUGUUUGGCAGUCCCACAGAGGAUCAGUUGGACACUCCAGUGAGUGAUCAUCACCAACAGGGCUGCAUAUCCCCAGAAACGAGCCCUUUACACUUGUCAGAAUCACCUAUGUCUGUGGGGAUGCCCCUGCCAGAGCCGCCCAUGUCUAUCACCAUUCCACUCCCUGAACCUCCAGAAUCUGAGCCCUUGCCCCUGACAGGAUCAAGAUUGGAGGAGAGGCCGAACGCUAAUAACCAUCAUUCAAAUACAGAGAGGAAGCAUCGUGUGGCAAGGAAGUUUCGGGCUGCUGCUGCUGCCGGGGUAGCAGAGGGUGGGCGACACAAACGCCACAGACAUCGAGAGUCCAGAACAGAGGCCAGAAAUGCAGAGAAUCACCAGCAAAUUGGGUGCAGUGAGAAACAGCCUGAAGAGGGUGAGGAUAAAAUGGAGGAAACGCAGUCUAAAAACUUGAUGCACAUGUACGAAACAGAAAUAAUCAUGUCUGGCAAGCAAACUGAGAAUCAGGAGGAAUGCCAAAGGGAGUUUGUGGGUGAUGCGACAGGGAUUUCCCAAGCAUCUGGCCUUCAGGAGCUUCAGACUGUCUGUACUGGAAUGGAGGAUCAAGCAGAAAGCCAGGAAACUCCAUUUCUGAGGCACAAAGAAGAGUUUACAUCAGAAUCCAAGUGCAUGACAGGGGAAGUCUCAGACAUUGAAAACAAUGGCAGCUAUCUAAACCAGGAUGAGUGUAUGAUAGAAACCAGCAUUAAACGAGAGACGUCAACCCAGCCUUUGUUGGAAAUGGCACCAAUGACUGUCAGCUUCAAGGACGUGGAAGCCUCUCACUCAGACAAAGCUGAUGAUGGUAACGACGAUGAUGACGUUGAGAAUGGAGGUGAACAGUCGACUGCCCCCAAACCCGACACACCAGACAGCAUGUUCAUUUUCAAAAGCACAAAUCCUAUAUUAUGCCAUUUUACACAGAUGAUCGACCAGGGCCUCAUUCUUCACGAUGGAUCAUAUUUCCGUGACUUGUGGAACAUUCUAGACUUUAUUGUGGUGGUUGGUGCUCUAAUUGCCUUUGCAUUGACGAAUUUAAUGGGAAACAACAAAGGCCGAGAUAUUAAGACCAUUAAGUCCUUACGGGUUCUCAGAGUUCUCCGUCCCCUCAAGACCAUAAAAAGACUCCCAAAGCUCAAGGCUGUGUUUGAUUGCGUGGUCACAUCCCUGAAGAACGUCUUCAACAUCCUCAUCGUCUACAAGCUCUUCAUGUUCAUCUUUGCUGUCAUUGCAGUGCAGCUCUUCAAGGGAAAGUUCUUCUACUGUACCGACGGAUCGAUGGGCACGCAAAAAGAAUGCCAAGGCUACUACAUUGACUAUGGGAGGGACAGGAAGGAGGUGAAGAAGCGUGAGUGGAGGAGACACGAGUUCCACUAUGAUAAUGUCCUCUGGGCUCUUCUGACGCUCUUCACUGUGUCCACAGGAGAGGGCUGGCCACAAGUUCUCCAACACUCGGUGGAUGUGACUGAAGAAGACCACGGCCCAAGCAGAGGAAACCGAAUGGAGAUGUCCAUUUUCUAUGUCAUAUACUUUGUGGUUUUCCCCUUCUUUUUUGUCAACAUCUUUGUUGCUCUCAUCAUCAUCACAUUCCAGGAGCAGGGAGACAAAAUGAUGGAGGAGUGCAACUUGGAGAAAAAUGAGCGGGCAUGCAUUGACUUUGUAAUCAGUGCAAAACCCCUAACGAGAUACAUGCCUCAGAACAGACAGACCCUCCAGUACCGAUUGUGGCACUUUGUGGUGUCGCCGUCAUUCGAGUACACGGUUCUAGUCAUGAUUGCACUCAACACAGUAGUGCUCAUGAUGAAGUACCACUCGGCUCCAGCUGCCUACGACAUCGUCCUGAAGCACCUCAACACAGCGUUCACUGUGCUCUUCUCCCUGGAAUGCAUCUUAAAGAUUUUCGCCUUUGGGUUCAUUAACUACUUCCGUGAUACAUGGAACAUCUUUGAUUUCAUCACUGUACUGGGCAGCAUUACUGAAAUUGUGGUAGAUUUACAGUCUGUGAACACCAUCAAUAUGAGUUUCCUGAAGCUUUUCCGGGCAGCUAGACUUAUUAAACUACUGAGACAAGGCUACACAAUACGGAUUCUGCUGUGGACAUUUGUUCAGUCCUUCAAGGCUCUUCCAUAUGUUUGCCUCCUAAUUGCCAUGCUUUUCUUCAUUUAUGCCAUUAUUGGCAUGCAAGUAUUUGGAAAUAUUAAACUGAAUGAUGAAAGCCACAUUAAUCAACACAACAAUUUCAAGACAUUCUUUGGUGCCUUGAUGCUGCUCUUUAGAAGUGCCACAGGAGAGUCGUGGCAGGAGAUCAUGCUCUCGUGUCUCGAGGGAAAGGAGUGUGAACGGGACCCUUCAAUACCACCACCUUUCACCUCUCCAGAUCACGAAGGGGGCUGUGGCACGGACUUUGCCUAUUUCUAUUUUGUCUCAUUCAUCUUUUUCAGCUCAUUUUUGAUGCUGAAUCUGUUUGUGGCUGUGAUUAUGGACAACUUUGAGUAUUUGACACGAGACUCAUCCAUUCUUGGACCUCACCAUCUGGACGAGUUUGUGCGCAUCUGGGGGGAAUAUGACCGAGCAGCAUGUGGCCGUAUUCACUACACUGCCAUGUAUGAGAUGCUAACCCACAUGUCUCCACCUCUUGGAUUGGGAAAGAAGUGUCCUGCCAAAAUUGCCUACAAGAGACUGGUGCUGAUGAAUAUGCCAGUUGAUGAGGACAUGACGGUUCAGUUCACAUCCACACUGAUGUCUCUGAUCCGCACUGCACUGGAGAUAAAAAUCGCUAGAGGGGGCGAGGACCGGAUACAGUUGGACAUUGAAUUGCAGAAGGAGAUAAGUGUCAUCUGGCCACACCUGUCCCAAAAGACACUGGAUCUGCUGGUACCCAUCAAUAAAGAUACGGACAUGACCGUUGGAAAGAUCUAUGCUUCUAUGAUGAUCAUGGAUUACUUUAAGCAGAGCAAAGCCAAGAAGUUGAGGCAACAGAUUGAGGCACAGAGAAGUCUCACCCUGCCCCUGAUAUCUCACAGUGCUGGAUCAGCCUUGACAAGUGGAGGGUUUGUGGCUUUAAGCCCAAUAUCACCACAGGAGCUGUUAUUGCAGCCCGUGACCCACCGUACAGACAGCAGUGAAGACGUCUCUCAGGUUGAUGAAUCAGGGUUGAAUGGCAUGUGGGGGGAUGAUCGCCCACCUGAACAUGCAUUCAGAACCAGACAAAAGAGCUACAAAGCUGCAGUGUCCCACUCAGACCAGACACAGUACAUGGAAAAGGUGCGAGGACGACCAAAAGAACAACGGUUCUUACUUUCCCCAGAUAACUCGAACUCAAAAUCCCGUUCCCGCUCUCCCAGUGAGGAGCGCAUACAUGGGGUCACCAGACAGGAAAACAGCUCAGAAAGCCCUGUUCCCUCCACCUCAGAGUCCAGCACCCCAAGUGGCAAGCGUCGCCUUUCCCAGACCUCCACCUGCUCACGCCCUCACAUCUCUUACUCACCCUUAGUGUGCCACACGCAACCUUCAUCACACGUUGUUGAUGAUGACAACGAUGACGCAACUGUCCAGCAGAUGAUAGGGUGCUGUAGUACUGCUUUAUGGGAUGACGGUGCUGAAGACCAGGAAGCGAGACAGCAGGAAAGUACCCAAUUUGAAGUGGGUGAAUAUCUGGGUUCAUCCGUACGCCGCUAUCCUUCCGAGUCCUUCCUCGCCCUACAAGAUGAAGAGCAUAGCCCUGAUUCUGCCGCUCCUAUGGAAACUCUUACCUUUGAAGCAGCGGUGGCCACCAGCCUAGGCCGCGCGAACACGGUCAGCGCCUCGAUGCGCACAAGGUCACGGAUAGGCUGGCAGGUGCCCAACGGACACUUCCGGAAGAGAUUGGCACAGAGCGUAUCUCUCGCUGGUGGUGAAGCUCUCAGCGAUGCAGAAGAUGACAAAUACUAGAUCAGUCAGUAGAACACAGACAUAACAGGACAAAUGUAGAUUUCAAGGAGGACACUGAGGUGGAUGCUGAUCUUCACAAUAUUCAAGAGGUGUUUUAUAGAUAUACAAAUUAAACGUGUUCAAUGAAAUGAGCAACUGAAAGACUUCAUAUUUAUAUUCUCUUAAUUUCUCAUUAGAUAGUGAGUUUGAAAAGCAACCCAUACAUUUGAGGCCCAAUUCAGGUAUUAUGUGCUUUAUUUCCAGAUGGGGAUAGUGAGUUGAUGGCUUAAAGUGCUUAAACUUUUUUUUUCUCUCAGUUUCUUAAGUUUAAUGUCUUUUUCUACCAAAAUACCAUUUGUUUCUAAUUCAUCUCUGCCACAUUAUUGAAAUUCGCUAAUAAUGCAGAUACUUUGUUUGAAGUCCAAUUUCUAAAUUGAAUAGGCCAUUGUAACUAAAUGCAACUUGACUUCCAAGGUUCAGUUCAUAAAACAAUUUAAAGCACUCAAUUUAACUAAGCAACCUGUCUAAAAAAAAAAAAAAACUUUCAUAUGUUUCCAUAAAAUACUGUUCAAACUGAAAAGAAGAAAAAAAUGAUUUUACAGC